GACUGCAGUCACACGUAGAGAGAGAAAGCGCUCCCAUAGCACUGCCGAAUGGCAGAGCAAAAGCGACUCUUCAUUGCUAACUCCCGCCUGCGUGCAUUCGACGUAACUUUUCAAAAAGCUACUCCCCUUCGGAUGUGUAGGUUGUGUCCUUUGUCCACAGUUCGGGCUACUAGCUGGGUUUAUUUUACGCCUGCUACGUUAGUAGUAGCUGGGAGAACCAAACGAGAUGGGGGCGAAGUAGGUGGCUCGCUAGCUAGAUAAGAGUGAAGGUUGGACUGUCUGUACUGCAGGGGCUGUGGGUAGCCUUGGUUGUGGUAUGCGGACUAAGUAGUUAGCAAGGAUACGAUUGAAGAAGGAAAACGCUGAGUUAAGUGUAACGGCAUUCUCGCCUGCUGUGAAGUGAAUGUUUGAACUUGCAGUGUGUUUUAUACACGACUGCUACCUGGUUGCUAGCUAAAAGCGACAUUGAACAGAGAGAGAGGAAAGGAUCAACUUUCCAGCCUGACGCAGAACCGCAAACAUGCAGUUGACGGAGUUCCUUGCUUCAGGAACCUUCCUGAGCCUGCUCCUUGUCCGGUGGUCCGACAGCCUUUCCUUGUCCUCGGAAGAAGCUAACCAGUUCUUGAGGAGACACAGGAGAGCGAAUCACGUUUUCGAGGAGACGAAACAAGGGCACCUGGAGCGAGAAUGUGUGGAAGAGAAGUGUAGCAAAGAGGAGGCGAGAGAAGUAUUCGAGAACGACCCUGAAACAGACUACUUCUUUCCAAAGUACUUAGCGUGCAUGGAGAAGUUCGGAGACACGGACAAGAAGAAACAAGACCUGAUCACCUGUGUUCACAGUGAGUUCCUCGUCUGUCUGUCCUCCUGACUAGGGCUGCAGACA